GUAUUACAGGUGUGUGUACCACUAGGCCCGGCAGACUAUGAUUUUAUCAUUUUAUUAUAAAUUAACUUCUUCUGUCCCCUACAUAUUACAGGGAGGGCACUAUGUUAGAAAAUGUGACCAGCCUUUAUGUAGCCCUCGCACAGCGUCAGGCAAUGCUGUGAGGGCCUUUCCGUGAAUUCGCUCAUGGACUCCUCUCACUAAUUCUACGGUGUAGAUAGAAUGUCAUCUUGGUCUUUAGAGGAAACUGAGGCACAGGAGGUGCAGUGACAUGUCCAAGGUCACAGAGGCAGGAGUGGGUGGCGACUUUGAACACAGGGCCUGAGGCUACAGAGUCUGUGUUCUCAGCCACCUGGCUGUUCUCCCUCAGGAGAGGACAGUCACUCAGGGACUCCAUGCAGGAUAUUAAGGGAAUUUUCCUUAAAGAGACAGAGGUGGGAAGCACUCGCAGGUCACAUGGUAUGUUGAAGUCCCCCCUCCCUCCUUCUUCAUUCCAUAUUUGACUACCACAACCUGAGUCUGAGCCUGAUUGGGGAACAGCAUGGGGGCAACUCUGUGGCCAGACCCAGGCCCAGGAGGAGCCAGUGGCAGAGGGUGGAGGCCGGACAGGAAGGAGUGGCCCAGGUGAGGCCCUCUGUCUCUGCUGGCCAAGAUCUCAAGGACUGUUUAUGCCCAGACCCUGCCUCCUCCCUCUUCCCCCUGAGAGGCGGGAGUCUCCACUGUGGAAAAAUACCCAGCAGAGAGGGAGGAGCAGAGGCUCGGGCCCAGCUGCCGGUUCCCCUCCCAAGACCAGCACUUAUGGGCUGGGUUCUGGGAAAACCAGAUUGCAUCAGACAGGCCCGAAGGCCUGAAGCCAGUCUGUGGUCGAGGCCAGCCUUAUAAGUAGGGCUGAGUGAGCCGGAGCGCACAGGCACUUGGCCCGAAAACCAGACACAAACAAAGCCCUAGGAGAAGAGGAGAGGCAGAGAGCGGCCAGACAUGAUGGCCACCUUGCCCCCCGCCACCAGCCCCUCCCGGCAGCCCCCAGGCCCAGAGGACGAAGAAGCCAGCCUGGAUGAGUAUGACCUCUACGGCCUGGCCCACCCUCACGUGGCCGGUGGAGGCCGGAAGGGUCGCACCAAGAGAGAAGCUGCUGCCCACACCAACCGCCCCAGUCCUGGAGGGCACGAGAGGAAACUAGUGACCAAGUUCCAGAACUCAGAGAGGAAAAAGGCCCGGCGCUGAGGCUGAGCUGGAGAUGAGGCCAGACCACGGACACUCCACCCAGACAUGAAGACAGGAUUGCCAGGAAUGACCCAGAGGCAGCAUCCGAGCCUGCCAGCCCCUGACCCUAACCCCAGGACUCACCCCGCCUGAGUGAGGCCCCAGGGACCCACCAAGGAAGCAUCUCCAGGCCCAGCAAAAGGGCAGGCUAUGGGCAAGGCAGGGAUGGACAGGCAGAGUCAGGACGGUCCACCCCCCUCAAAAGAAACGCUGAAGACACUGGAGCCCCCACCCAGGGCACAGUGACAAUAAACAACUCUAGCAGCA